CGUUGGUCAGACGCGUCGGACAAAAAUUUAGACUUUGAGCAGAUGUGUUGGACGACCGACAUUUUGUUUGCUGGGUUUGUACAGAGUACACCAAAAUCACAACCUGCCGCCGUCGACUGUUUCACACAUAAAAAACCGUCGCCGUCGAAAAAGUCACUCCGCUUCGUGGUCUGCUCUCGAGGGACAACAAUCAACAAAAAAAUUGUAAUUUUUUAGUUUAUGUUGUUCGAAGCGCCACAGAAAAAUGUCAAAUAAAAGUAAUCACAAGUGUCGCCUCUGUUUGGUUGAUUGCGAUUCAAAUAAAAUGCAAGAUUUAUUCACAAAAGCAGAAACUAAUUGUAGGGACCCAGAAGACAUGCGAGCCGAUGAUGAUUUCUCCCAAUUGCCUUUGGUUGAAAAGGUGGAAUAUUGUUGUGGUGUCAAGUUAAUUUCCAAACCGCAUUUGCCCACUAAAAUAUGUACCAAAUGUUUGAAUAUCGUACAUAUGUGGUCCAAUUUUCGACAAAUGUGUCGCAAUUCCCAGGCAUUCCUGGCCUCACAAAUACAUUUGUCCAUAGAGGAAGACGUUGUGGUCGGCAGCAUAAAAAACCUGCAAAAAAUGCGCAAUGAACUCCUCAAGAAAACCGAGGAACAACAACACAAAAGGGAACAACAAAUUGCAUCACAACAUAUCAAUGCCACAGAUACACAAGCCGAUAUUGAUUAUAUCGUAGAAGAGGUCGAUGAACCAGUGGAAGAUGAAGAUCCGGUGUUCAAUGAUGAUUACGACGAUAUGUAUGACGAAAAUUUCGAUAAUGACGAUGAUACUCAUGAUCCAGACUUUAAGCCUUCCAAAAACAAUGCCAACAAAUAUCAAUUCGAUUUAUCAAAGCUCAAUCAAAUUGAUUUCUCUGAAAUAUUUUCACCAGAUGAUUUUGCCGAGGCGUAUGACUAUUUAAAUGCCGAUAAUGACGAUGAAUUGGAAAAAGUUAUAGAACACUGUGCCACCAAGAAUGUUGCUUUACAAACUCUCAGGCGUAAAGCCAUAAUCUCAAGAGCAAAAGAACAAAUUGCCCCAAAGAAACACCCGCAGUACAAAAAGAAAUCCAAAACGGAAAAAUUACCGAAACCUUCAAUGUUUAUGUGCAACAUUUGUGGUAAUGUUUACAGCAAGAAACCCCUAUUCCAAUAUCAUAUGCGCAUGCAUUCCGAUGUUAAACCAUAUCAGUGCGAAAUAUGUAACAAAUCCUAUCGUAUAAUGAGCGAUUUAAGGAAUCACAUGUAUAGGCAUACGGGUGAAAGACCAUUUAAAUGUAAAUUCUGCGAUCGUCACUUUAUGGACCGAAGUUCGCGACAUCGCCACGAAAGAGUUCACACCAAUUCCCGUCCCUAUACAUGCAAUGUAUGCAGCAAGAGUUUCACUUAUUCGGCUAUUUUAAAGAAUCAUAUGAAAUUGCAUACUGGCGAAAAAGAUUACAUAUGCGCUGUCUGUAAUAAAUCAUUUACACUGGCCCAUCAGCUAAAGGCCCACAUGCUGACACUAACACACAGGCAGAAGGAGGCAGCUUUCGAAGCUCAAGGUUAUAAAGUAAUAUUUGAAGCAGUCGAAAUGACAAAAACAACAAAAAAUUAGAAAAUAUACAUAUUAUUAUAUGUGAAGGUAUUAUGUGGAGAUUACUAUAUUGAAAAUAGUAAAGGGAAAAAUGUUUUUUUUUUGUACAUAUUUUUUUGAAAUUCUAUUCAUUAGAAAUUAAAAAAUAUAUAUUUUAUCCCCACUAGAAAAUAAAUAGGAAGUUACAGACUAUUUAAAUAGAUUUGCUUGUAACUUGUGACUCGCAA